AUGGAUGUAUGCGAAUUUGUAGACCCAAUAAGAAAAAGAAAAAUAACAAAUAAUUUAAUUGACUUUGAUAAAUAUGUAUAUAAAGAAAAAAGUGAUAAAUGUGAAAAAAAAGAAAAUACUGAAUAUGUUGUAAAAAAAAAAAAAAAAAAAAAAUUAAGAAGAGUAUUAGAUAGUUCAAAUAGUGAUAAUAGUGACCAAGAAAAUAUUAAAAAGGAGUGUAAAAAUGAAAAAAAAAAAAAAAAUGAUAAUAAUGAUAAUGACGAUAAUGAUAAUAAUGAUGAUGACCAAUUUUUGGGUAAAAGUUAUGACAAUAAUAGCAUAAUAAAUGACAACGAAAUUGAAGAAAAAAAAGAAUAUGAAAGAAAUUUAAAAAAAUUAUAUAAUUGUUUAUUAGGUUCUAUUAAAAUUAAAAAUAAAAUAAUAAAAUAUUUUACACAAAAUGUAAGAGAAAAAAGACAAGAUAUUAUAAAAGAAUUUGUAAAAGGGUCUUUUAGAAUAAAUAAUUAUGAUGCAAAUUUUGAUGACUUUGAAAAAAAUGUGGAUACAUUUCAUAAAUUAAAAAAUUAUCAAAAAUGUGGAAUUUAUUGGUUAUACAUUUUAUAUAAAGAAAAAAAAAAUGGAAUAUUAGCAGAUGAGAUGGGGUUAGGAAAAACGGCACAAACUUGUGUAUUUUUAGAUUAUAUGUAUAAAACAAAAAAAUUACAAAAUAAAACAAUUAUAGUAGCCCCAACAAGUUUAUUAAAAAAUUGGGAUAAUGAAAUAGAUAUGUGGUGUCCAUAUUUAAAAAAUUAUAAAAUUAUUUAUUAUGGAAACCAAAAUGAAAGAAAAUAUCUAGCUUAUGAUAUAUUUACAAAUAAAAAAAAAGAUAAUAACAAUUCAAUUCAUUUAAUUAUUACUAGUAUUAAUAUGUUAACAGGAAAAAAUGAUGCUGCCUAUUUUAGACAAAUCCGAAAAUAUGAUUAUCUAAUUUUUGAUGAGGCUCAUUUUUUAAAAAAUAAAAAUUCACUAAUAUAUAAAAAAUUGCAAAAAAAAAUUACUUUUAGUAAUAAAAUUUUAUUAACAGGAUCUCCAAUUCAAAAUAAAACACAAGAAUUAACUAAUCUUCUUCUAUUUUUAAUGCCACAUAUAUUUACGGAACAUAACAUAAAUAGUGCAAUGGAUGCGUUUUUAAAAUUAUAUCAAGAAGUAAUAGAAAAGAAAAAUAAAUCAGAUAAUACUGAAAAUACCACAAAUAAUAAUAAAUUGAAAAACCAACAACUUAUGGAUAUUUAUGAAAUAGAAUCAGAAUGUGAUGAAGAAAAAAAAAAUAAAAUUAAAAAUAAUAAAGAUGAUAAUACAGGUUAUUCUGUGACUGAAGCAAAUGGAAACUUAAACGAUUCCGAAAAAGAUGACGAAGAUGAAGAUAAAAAUGCAGAUGCAGAGGCAGAUGCAGAGGCAGAGGCAGAUGCAGAUUCAGAUGGAGAAGAAUAUAUGUGUCCAAACACUCGAGACAUUAUAAAAGAAUAUCUAGAUAAUACAAUAAAGUAUCAUGAAAAAAAUGUUGACAUAAAAAAUAAAGAAAUAAUUUUAUUACAAUUAAUUAUUGAACCAUAUAUUCUUAGACGUUCUAAAAAACAUGUUUUUAUUGAUAUGCCUAAAAAACAUAGUAUAAUAAUUAAAUUGCCUUUAAAUAAUACCCAAUUAAAUUUAUAUAAAGAUGAAAUAUUAUCAAAAUUACAACACACACAUAAACAUUUAGAAUUUUUGGAAACUAAUUCAAGUAAAGAAGAGAUGGAAAAACUAAAAUCAAUACUAGGAAAUAAAGGAGAAAAAGAAAUAACAAAUUUGAAAAAUAAUGAAUAUAACAAUAAUAUAAUUGAUCAUAAAAAUUUUGAAAAUAUGAAAGAUAAUUAUGAUGAAGAUGAUGAUAAAAUAGAUGAAGAAACAAUCAAUAUAGAAAAAGAAGAAGAAAAUGAUGAAGAAAAUAAAGAAUCUAAAAUUGUUAUAAAUAAAAGAGAUGAUGAAGAAGUUAUAAAAAAUAGUCAAUCUAUUUCAACAUCAUUACAAAAUAAUAAAAAUAAUACAAAAGAAGAAAGAGGAAAAAUGAUUAACGCAUCUAUAUUUAUUUUAAGAAGAAUAUGUAACCAUCCAUUAUUACAUAAAUAUUAUUAUUCUAUUGAUGAUAUAAAAAAAAUAUCGAAAUAUUUUUAUAAUAAUACUGAUCAAUAUUUAGAUUUAGAUUUAAAAACUGUUGAAAAUGAAUUUAUGAAAAUAUCAGAUUUUGAUAUACAUCUAUCAAUUAAACAUUUAAUAUCUCAAGGAGACAAUAAUUUAAAUAAAUAUUUAAUUGAUAAAAAACAUAUUUUAAAUAGUACUAAAAUACAUCAUAUGUUAACACUUAUUAAAAAUAUAAAACAAAAAAAAGAAAAGGUUUUAAUUUUUUCCCAAUUUACUACAUUUUUAGAUAUUAUUGAGGAAUCAUUAUUAUAUGAAUUUAUUUAUGAUGAACAUGACUAUGCUGACCAUUCUAAUUUUGUUGACAAAACUCAAAAUGGCAAUAUUAGUGAAUCGCCAAAUAAAUACAACAAUAAUGAUGGUGGUGAUAAUGAUAAUGACAAAAAUUACCAAUUUGUAAAACGUACCAGUUUUAACAAACCUGAUGAUGAUACAUAUGUUCGAUCUCCCUCGGCAAUGUCUACCUCAUCACAAUUAUCCGAAAAAAGAUUCCAAAAUAAUGUUUAUGUUAGAUUAGAUGGAUCUACAAAUACUAUUGAAAGACAACAAAUUAUAAAAGAAUUUUCAGAAAAUGAUAAUGUUUUUAUUUUUUUACUUUCAACAAAAGCUGGAGGUGUUGGACUAAACUUAAUCGCAGCUAAUCAUGUUAUUCUUAUGGAUCAGGACUGGAAUCCUCACAACGAUAGACAAGCCGAAGACAGAGUACACAGAUUGGGUAAGUCAUUUAGCCAAAAAAAUAAAAAAUAA